AACCAUCAUUUGAAUAUGAGAGAUCAUCUAAAGUCACUGAUUUUAAGUUUAUUAUCCAAGUUCAUGAACUUGCAGUCCUAUAAGUACCCCCUUCCUCUCUCCCUUCUAAGUUCGAAUAUUCAAUUCGAUUCAAUUCAACACCUUCUCUCAAAUUUUUUUGAAAAAAACCCUAACCCAUCUCUUUUCUCUAUCUCUCUCAAUCCCUAAAGACAAACACAAGAGAAGAGCGACACCCACAAACACUAAGGAACAUCAAUAACCUAAGACAGAAACAUAUUACGGCCACGACAUGUACGGACAGAGUACCUAUGAGUCCGAUUUGGCCCUUUUGGAUUCCAUUCGCCGCCACUUGCUCGGCGAUUCCGAUGUAUGUAGAUUCGGAGCCCCGACUGCUAGUUCGGGUAGCGCUCCAGUUUACUGUCGGAGCUCCAGUUUCAGCAACUUGUACCCGUGCUUGAGUGAUAAUUGGGGCGAAUUGCCACUCAAGGAAGACGAUUCAGAGGACAUGGUACUUUACGGUGUACUUCGCGAUGCAGUUAACGUUGGGUGGGUCCCAUCUCUCGACGCAGGGUCACCGGAGAGCUUCACGUCGGGUUUCCUGCCGACGGUGACAGUCAAACCUGAGCCGGACAUUUUUCCGGCAGUGAACAGUCCACCGGAGCCCGUCGUUGUCCCUCCGAUGAUUCCGCAAGAGAAGUCUGCGCCGGCGGCAGUUCUGGCAAAGGGGAAACAUUACCGCGGCGUGCGGCGACGGCCGUGGGGAAAAUUUGCGGCGGAGAUCCGUGACCCGGCAAAGAACGGGGCUCGGGUUUGGCUGGGAACAUUCGAAACGGCUGAGGACGCCGCGCUGGCUUACGAUCGAGCCGCGUACCGGAUGCGCGGGUCACGGGCUCUUCUGAAUUUUCCGCUUCGGGUCAACUCAGAUGAGCCAGACCCGGUUCGAGUGACGUCGAAGCGAUCCUCACCGGAGCCUUCUUCGUCGUCGUCGGAAAGUGGGUCGUCGGCGAAGCGGAAGAAAAAGAUGGUGGGGCCAACUGUGCCUGUGGUGACAGUAGAAGGUGGAUAAAAAACGGGGCAAGUGGGGUAUCAAGUGGCACAGUGUACACGUGGAGAACGGUUAUUGAUCAGCUAAUGCGUAAUGCUGACACGGAAUGCAACGUGCCACUCUUCUUUACUCUUUCUAAAACCCACUUUGUAGUUAUCUGAUUCCGUAUGGCAGUGGCUCUAUGCCACUCGCCCGUCCAACAAAUUUUGGAAGCUGUUACAAAAAUAACAAGCCAAAAAAAAGGAGGGGAAAUGUGAGUGGAAUGCUGGACUGAGAUGGUGACCUUAGUAGGAGUUAAAAUCAAAAGCUAAAGAAAAAAGAAAAAAAAGUAAAAGUGGGGGGAGAUUUUGUUUUAGUUUGUGAA